AUGUCCGCUCUCGAGCCACCUGGAACGGUGGUUCUGGAAACGUCCUCCGACUCCAUUGUUCUGCAACCCGCUCCUAGCUGCGAUCCCAACCAACCUCUCAACUGGGCCCGAUGGCGCAAACACCUCAACUUCUUCAUUGUGUGUUUCUUCACCCUCAUCGCCUUCACGGCCUCCGACGUGUCUUCUGUCUUGUGGGGACCGUGGCAGGCCGAAUUCGGAUGGACCUUUUCCGAGCUGAACAACACCUACGCCAUUUCUGUGGCCGGCCUAGGUCUGGGAUGUCCAAUUUUGGUUCCGUUCUCCCACAAGUUUGGCAAACGGCCCGUCUACCUGGUGGCCUCGGCUCUGGUGGUGGCUACGGCAGCCUGGCAGGCCGGCAUGAACUCGAUUGGAGAAGCAUACGGCUCUCAGUUUCUCCAGGGAUUGGCCGUGAGUGUCACCGAAACAAUCAUCCAGAUGACAGUCGCCGAUCUGUAUUUUGUGCACGAAAGAGGAACUUUCAAUGGCAUCUACAUGCUCGUGGUAGCGGUUGGCAACUUCAUAGUGCUAGUUCCCGCGGGCUAUGCCACUGUCAAUCUCGGCUGGAGAUGGGUGUACAUCAUUGUGGCCAUUAUUGCCGCUGUUCAGUUUGUCAUGACCGUCUUCUUCUUUGAAGAGACCAACUAUACGGCCCCAGACGUGGUGCUUGUUUCUACUGACCUCUCAGACAUGUCAGAGACCGAACAGGCGGAGACAGACGAGCAGAAGAUGGGACAGUUGGAGAAGACUGGAUCGGACAAAUCGCCCCCCGAAAAAGCCGUUAGAGAAGUCUUCAUCGACCCGGAGAUACAAAUGAACCCAUUGUCUAAGAGACUCGCUCUGGUUACCUACAACCCCGGCUCAUUUAAAGAGUUUGUUCGAAAGCUCUUCACUCCUUUUCUCACCUUGGUUUCCUACCCCAUUGUUUCCUUUUCAGCUCUCCAAUACGGCUUUUUGCUAUCAUUUCUGUCCAUGGCAUCCACCACCGUCUCCAACUCGUUUGCAGACCCACCUUACAACUUCUCUUCCGCCGGAAUCGGCAAUGUGAACAUUUCGCCCUUCAUUGGAUGUCUUUUUGGAUGUAUCUACGGCGGCUGGUUCAACGACAAGACCAUCAUAUGGCUCUCUAAGAGGAACAAUGGUGUCUACGAGCCGGAAUUCCGACUCUACAGUCUUGUUUUCGCAAACUUCACCAUGACCAUUGGCAUGUUCAUGUUCGGAAUUUCCAUUGCUAACCACGUUCAUUGGAUGGUUCCCACUGUGGGGUUUGCCGUCGUAGCCUUCAGCUUCGGAUCAGCAGGUGCCAUCAUCGUCACCUAUCUAGUUGAUUGCUACGAGAAGAUUGUGGCAGACGCAUUCAUUGGGGUCAUUGUGAUCAGAAACGGACUCGCCAUGAUGAUUCUCUUUUGCAUGAGCCCAUGGGUAGACAGUAUUGGAUUGCAAAACACCUACGUUUCGGCCGGCUGUCUCAGUCUCAUUCCUGUGAUUCUAACUGUUCCUAUGAUCAUUUAUGGAAAGGAGCUGCGACGAAGAAGUGCCAGUCGGUAUUUGAGGGAGUCUCUGAGAGGUUGA